AUGUCCUUUUCUUCUUCACCAUGUACCCCACAAACCGUCCGAUGAAAGCAAUCCCAGUCAUUCACCACGCCACGACGGACACCAGUCAAAUCUACCUCUAUCCCUUCAUAUAAUACCUCUGGAACAGAUAUAUACUUGCAUACACAAAUCCAAUUGGAUUUUGAUUUAACCCAAUUACUCUCUCUUUCUCUCUCAUCCAAAUCUCUCUCUCUCUAGUGCUAUACUACUAUGGUGGUUUUGGGUGGUGACAGGUCGGAGAUAGCGUUCUUCGACGUCGAGACCACGGUGCCGACCCGACCCGGCCAGGGCUACGCGAUCCUCGAAUUCGGAGCCAUACUGGUCUGCCCCAAGAAGCUCGUUGAGCUCGAGAGCUACUCGACCCUGGUCCGGCCAGCUGACCUAUCCCUCAUUACCUCCCUCUCUGUUCGAUGCAACGGCAUCACCAAGGCCGACGUCGUUCCAGCCCCCACUUUCUCCGAAAUCGCCGAUAGGGUCUACGACAUUCUCCAGGGGAGGAUAUGGGCGGGCCAUAAUAUACUGAGGUUUGAUUGUACUCGCAUUCGGGAGGCCUUUGCGGAGAUUAAUCGGCCGCCACCGGAGCCGAAGGGGACAAUAGAUUCAUUGGCUGUAUUGACGCAGAGGUUUGGGAGGAGAGCUGGUGACAUGAAGAUGGCCACACUUGCAGCUUACUUUGGGCUUGGGCAGCAAACUCAUCGGAGUUUAGAUGACGUUCGGAUGAAUCUCGAAGUUCUCAAGUACUGUGCAACAGUUCUAUUCUUGGAAUCAAACAUACAAACGGAAAACAGUUGGGUUUCUCCAAAUACUACUACAAGAAGUAGGAGUAAUGGGUCAGCUUCUCGGGACGGGAUGAUCAUGAGCUCAACAGAUUCAUCCUCACCAAGUAUCAACAUUGAAAACCACCAUAUAUCAUCUCCCACAAAUCAAAACAGAGAGGGAACCCUUCAUGUACUAUCUCUAAUGACUCCCAACACAGGGGAAGAGGCUCGUCCAGACCCUUUUAACAUGGGCCAACUUAGUGUUGAAGUGGAGAUACAAACUCUUCAAUCAGACAACAUGGAUGAAGAAUCCAGUUUGAAGUCUCCAGAGUCUUCAGUAAAUGCAGCAGUUGAAUCUGAGGGCUCCAAUGGGUAUACAGCCUUCUUAGAGCCUGAUGGAGUUCAUGUACCUUCGAUUAGUGUGUCACUUGCCCCAUUUUAUCGUGGAAUUCAAAGAAUACAAGUAAUGCACAGAGAUGUUUUGCUGCAGCUGUCCUGUACUCACUUGAAAGUGCGCUUUGGAGUAAGUACGAAGUUUGUCGAUUAUGCUGGGCGUCCUCGGUUGAGUUUUGUUGUGGACGGAACUCCAAAUCUUUGCCGGGUUUUGGAUGCAUGUGAUGGUCUUGCGCAGAGGUUGUCUGUAGAUUCUGGUAGCAGCUCUGAGUGGAGGCCUGUAGUCACCAGAAAGGGUGGCUUCAUGAACUCGCGUACUGUGAGAUUGAACAUACCUACCAUAGCAGAUGGGGGUGUUUCCAGAUGGCUCACAGAUAUAUACAAGAAAGAAGGUUCCGCCACCCCACAGCGGCUAGUGGUUAGUAGAUAUGACGUUGCUGAACUCGAUGCCUUGUUCACUCCAGGAACCUUUGUGGAUGCGUGUUUCUCAUUGGACGCGUAUGACUAUCAGCAGAGUGCUGGUAUUCGACUAGUGGCGAAAAAGUUGAUUAUACAUUCUAACUGACACACGCGUACUUCUCCUUGGAGAAUUAGCGAAAAAGUUGAUUAUACCUCUAACAGAUAGGUUGUUUCUCAUACGAAUUUGUAAUAAAUUGAUUAAUUAGAAGAUUGUAUGUCAUGGUUGUAAGGUUUAAACAGAAUAGGGAUGGAUACUGAAAAUGAUGUCAUGUAGUUGAAGCUACCAUUUGUUUUAUUCAUGUCAAUGGCCUUCGAUGUAGGAUGGAUUAAUUUGAGAUGAAGGAACCUGUUUCUACCCUA